AUGGACAUUACGCGUCGUCGCAACUUGAAUGCGACAAUCCCUUCGCCCUUGCUCAACAACCUGAACCGAGUGGAGGACCUUGGUUGUUUUGAUGAAGAGGAAUGUCGCUUCUUCCUGCGAGAAGUUGGCGAGCGCGUCGUGCCUGUCUAUCCCUUUUCCUUCGGCAUGGAAGAGGUGUAUAGCUUGAUCAUCGAGCGAUAUGGAUAUGCCGGCCUUCCUGACGUGACAAGCGUUCUGCAAGACCUCCUCGAAGACGAGCGAACCGCAUCUGGCUUGGGAGACGAUGGCGACGUCUGGCGCUCGUGGCGUCACAGUUGGAGACACCGAAAUGAUGACGCUCUCAACCCCUUUAUCCCUAAGGUGGGAAGCUUUGUCCUGCAGCAACCCACCCAGCAGCACAUUCGUCAACUGAAGGCAAAGAAUUUUGUCCACCGAAGCGAACAAGCCCAAAGACUAGAGCGAGCCCGUCAGGCUGAAGAGGCUGGAAAAAGAAAAGCGUUGGUCGAGAUCUCUCCGAACCAGAACAGAAGAAUCGAGUCUCGUCCCCGCGAGACCCUCACCAAACCUGUAAAGGCAGAUGAAGAGAACUCGUAUCGGCUUCCUGCUACCACAUAUUCCCAUCAGAGAACCAGAACUUUGUUGGCAUCAGAGCAUGGGUCGUCGCCACCACCGCUGGAGCAAGUGACGACCAAGCAUAGUGGCUCGCACGGCGCCCAACUGUCAGCAAGUGGCUCUUCGCAGCAAGAAUUCAUUGAAGUGGAUCUUUCAUUGGCCGAUGCAGACGUCGAUCCAGCUCUCUUGGUCUCCUUCGAGAUGCUCUCACCCGGUCAGUCGACUUCGGAACAAAGCCCCACCCUGAGAGGCGGGCAAGGCGAAAUCGUCACUCUUCAACAGAUCAACUCCACUCAAGAUACCAAGUCCAGCAAAGAACACAAUGUCCAGGGAAACAGCUCACCACUGUCGUGUGUGGCAUCUGUUCCAACCCGCGUUGGUUCUUGUGAGACACACGGGAGUCAAGGCAUGACCAUGACAGAGGCUUCGAGCCCACCAACCUCUUCCGGUCACAUCGAGCCCUCCAAAGAGGCGAGCAAAGCCGACAAACAAGAACCUGUAGAGCACCACAAGUCAGCAGAGAAACAGCGCAAACUAUCGGACGGUCUCAAACAUUUCGCCAGACGCCCCCUGGGUGACGGUCUCGACCCGAGCAAGAGAACACGCGCUGCCAAUCGACAAGCAAGAGUGUUUGAUGGGACCAUUUGGCUGCCAAAGGUUCGCAAGCGGCACUCGUCACACAUCAAUCUUCCUGCCGAUGAAGAGGCUGUGGUGGAGGAGAGGAAGAGAUCGAUUGUGCGACGCAGCCUCACCCCGGUCUGGCAGAAACGCGAUUCUUCUCGCAACAGUUGGAUGGAAAUUUUGCGGAACUUGUUUCGGACCGAAUCGACUUCUAGCCAAGCCAAACAGUCCAGAGCUGAGAGUAUCUCGAUCCAAAUUCAUCCCACACUGCCGGAUGUGAUCACGUCCUCAAACAAUCAGACCAUCAUCACUGCCACCCCCAUUCCCGUUGAGCACGAACACAAAUCAUCUCCACUGGGCCUUGACGGAACCGUCGAGUCGACAUCCAUCAUGGACUGCAACAAGCCUCUGCCGCUCAGUCCUGGCGAAAUCGUCCGCUCUCUCUCGGCUCACCCAGUGAUGCCUCGCGGCUACCAAACCAACUCUGCAACCCUCAACGGUGCUGUUACUUUAGCAGACCCCAACAAUGACUCUCAAGCGCUGGCUGCUGCUCAUCGCAUCAAGCGCAAAGAUGUCCCUGUCAAACAUCAUCUCUCGCCUGUUCGCGAGGUCAAGGACACAUCUGCCGCACACGCCGCUGAGCCUCAGAAGAUAGAACAGCCACCGCUCUCGGCGAUCACGUACUCUAGCAUUGCUAAUAUGAAUCCAUUCCUGGACCAUCCUGCCAAUGAUAUUCCUGUCACUCUUCCUGCUGUCUCUGCACCGGAGCCUCUCUUUGCCAUCCGUGGAGAAAUGCCUGCGCACCUUCGUGGCUUUCCACCCAAUGUCCCUGAAGAUAUUGCCUUCUCCAUCCGUCAACAGUUCCCAAACUACUGUCUGCCACAACCUCGUCCAGCACCCUCUGAGCACCAGCCCUCGAAGUCACGCAUCUUGUUGACACCGAUCAAGAACUUCAUGAACAAGCGAAGUGACCCUGAGGAGGUGAUGACACAAGGGACACCCACCCCAGGCCAGAAGAAGAAACGCAAGAACAGUUUACAGAAGUUUAGUGAUUUCUUGAAACACCCCUUCAUGUCUCAACCACCCACCGACACGGAAAAAGUCGACAAAUGGAUGAUUGAAAGUGCCGCUGCCACCGCGCCUCGCUCGCCCGUGUCUCUCGAACCCGCCACGCAAGCCCGCAUCCUCGGAGACAUCGAACUGUUCCUGGUCACGGCGACGAACAACUUCCUCGUGCACGAGGCCAACGCCGCGCGUCUCGACGCCGAAAUCGUCUGGCGCUUCAGCCGCGACUGGAAGGCCCGUGGUCUGCGGCCCGUAGUCGAGUUCCUCUACGACUGCCGCACGCAGUACCAUCUCGUGCUGGCCAACAUGCACAGCGUCCAAUUCUCCGCCACGUGCGAGCGGUCCUUCUACCUGCGCGACUCCGGCAUGGAGGCGUGGGGCGCCAUCGUGGCAGACCUGGCCGUGCACGCGUUCUGCCUCCCCGACGACGUCGUCGUCCGCCACCUCUACGCCCUCCCGCAGGUGCUGCGCAUGCUGCGGGCCCCCGAGUCGGCUCUCGCCACCGCCCGAGGCCUUCAGCUGCAGACCUCGGCCAAGAUCAACGAGCGCCUGGCCACGGACCGCGCCCGCAAGGCCGCCCGGGGUCCGUUGGCCGUCCGCGUGCCCCAAUAUGGGGACGGGCUGUUCCACCGGCGCGACAUCAGCGUCGGCUCGGAGGAGGAUGUGUUUGGGGGGCUCGAGGCCGUCGUGGCCAACAUGUCGGCGCGGGCGUCGCUUGUUGGCAUGCGACGCUAG